AUGGCAAAGAUCGCGUCCCCGUCAGAUGCAAGAGUGGUUUCUCUCGAAUCCAGACUUCAGUCUGAUUGGGCAAGUGCUUCAGAGAACGAGAAGGCGAGAUGGGAAAAGCAUGUUGACGAGGCUUGUAGGGCAGUGUGUCGAGUGAUUGCCCCAAAAGCUUCUUAUGAGCUCUUGGCAGCAUACCGAAAGUCAUCAGUACCAGGAAAGGCAGAAAACCAUCCUCGUACACAGGCCGAAAACGCACUAGUCGCUGCUUACCAAAACACACCAACGAAGAGCCUUAAGACACAGAUCCUCAGUGAUAUUCCCACCAUUCUAUCUGCGAAUGUGAGGUCGCUGCCAAAGAAAGGAGAUGAGAUUGAACAAAUAGCUCUGCUGAAUUCUGUUGGUGCUAUCUGUAUAACCGAAACUUGGUUAUCGCCAGAAAUUCCUGACUCAUCCAUUUCUAUUCCUGGUUAUAAUUUAUUCCGCAGGGACCGAAUUGAAACGUCUGGUGGUGGUAUGUGUAUGUACGUAGACCAAAAUAUACCAUGCAAACUUUUGGAAUUCAGUGAUCAAACGGAGCUCGAAUCAAUAUGGAUAUCAAUGAGACCACAUAUUUUACCAAGAGAAGUUACAUCAAUCGUAGUAGGCGUGAUCUAUCAUUCGACGAGUAAUGGGAAACCUGAGAACAUUAUUUUACGUGAUCAUGUUCAAAAAAAUCUUGAUGCUGCGUUACUUAAACAGCCAAAUGCAUUAAUUAUUCUAACAGGCGAUUUUAAUCCAACAUCGACUGGUUUUAAUAAAAAAUAUAUAACCCAAGUGAAUAGCCUUAAACAGUUGGUUACCUUUAAAACAAGAGAUUCUGGUAUUUUAGACUGGCUGUUUACGAACAGACCUAAACUGUUCUCUUUAACCCAGCUACCUAAGAUUGCAUCAUCUGACCAUUAUUCAAUUCUGGCAAAGCCUAUACUUGGAGGUGAAACUAAACUAAUAAGUAAAUCUAAAAUACGCGAUAUGAGGGAUAGUGCGUGGUGUGCGCUAGGUCGAUGGAUUACUCAAAACGAUUGGUCCUCUGUCCUCGAAGCUAAUAUGUGUAAAGAUAAAUUUGAUCUUUUUAACUCAGAUCUUAACCAGGCUAUUGAUAGAUUCCUUCCACAAAUGGAUCACUACUAAGAUAAAAAAAGGGAUUUAAAAACGCCAAUCAGCCUUUAUCCAGCAAGGGAAAUGUCAACAGCAUACCGAUAUUGGAGAAACAAAGUCCAACGUUCCAUUCGUGCAGCAAAAUACCAAUAUUAUAGCGUUAAAGUUACUGAUGUACAAAGAGUUAAUUCCACAAAAUGGUGGAGAGAAAUUAAAAAACUCUCUGGACAAAGUUCAAAACUGGAAAGGCACCAUCAGUUUCUAGAAAAUAGCUCUGACACUAAGUUACUAGCUAAUAGGAUUAACAACUUCUUUACUGGCCUUACUGAUAAUUUUGAGCCCUUAACUCCACGCAUUGUAUCCCAUGAAGUUCCACAGGAUUUCUUUGUAACUGAAAACGAGGUCUACAGAGCAUUAUCAUUGCUCCAAGUAAAUAAAUCAGCCGGUCCUGAUUACAUCCCGAAUAGAGUCCUGAAGGAAUUCGCGCAUGAGUUGGCACCUAUCAUCAAAGAUAUUUAUAACCAAUCAAUGAAAGAGGGAUAUAUUCCUGAACUCCUCAAAUCAUCAAUUGUUAUUCCAAUACAGAAGAUCAACCCCCCUAGAACCAUAGAAAAUGACCUCCGACCUAUCUUGUUGACAUGUACCAUAGCAAAGGUCAUGGAAGGUUUUACAUACACAAGACUCCUACCUCAGUUAGAAGAUAAGCUGGAUCCGCGCCAAUAUGCUCGUAAAAAUCAUUCAACAACAGAUGCUCUACUAUAUACAUUGCAAGCAAUCUACGAAGCAGUGGAUACUGGUGAGGCCGGAGCACGCUUAUUCUUUGCUGAUUUUUCUAAAGGGUUCGACCUUAUUGAUCAUACCAUCAAACUACAUGAACUAGAGAACCUACAAGUUCAUCCUGCACUUUUGAAUUGGAUCGCAGCCUUUCUAACCAACCGUAUGCAGGCUGUUAAAAUUGAUGGAGUUCUAUCAGACUGGAAAUCAGUAAAGGGUGGAGUUCCUCAAGGAACUAAACUAGGCGUAAUUCUCUUUAUUGUCAUGACAAACAAAUUGCUCUGGGAAUGGAAUCUUCGGACUAAAUUUGUUGAUGACACAUCCGUACUGGAGAUUAUUCCAAGAAAUUCCAUUAGCGUCUUAAACAAUGCUGCUGCUGACAUACAUAAUUUUGCCAUAGAGCAUAAUAUGAAGCUAAAUCCUACCAAAUGCAAAGAAAUGCUUAUUAACUUCCUACGCAAUCCAAACUUUCUAAUUAAACCUAUACAAAUAGGUAACUACGUUAUAGAACAAGUGGAGACUUAUAAGAUCCUAGGUGUGAUCAUGAGUAGUGAUCUAAAGUGGAACUGUCAUGUCGACCACAUUAUCAAGAAAGCCAGUAAGAAACUAUAUUCGCUAAGGGUACUGCGUAGAGCUGGAGUCGAAAAUGAUAAUAUCUUAAAAGUUUAUUUAACUACAGUACGACCAGUGCUGGAAUACGCCGUACCGGUAUGGCAAGCCAUCCCGGACUAUUUGUCUGAGGCAAUCGAAGUCGUGCAAAAGAGAUCACUUAAAAUUAUCUAUCCUGAGUGUGAUUCGUACACAGACGCACUAAAUCUAGCCGACAUUCCUACACUCAAGAGUAGAAGAGAUCUAUUGUGUGAGAAAUAUAUGGACAAAAUGAAAUCUAAAGACCAUCCCCUACAUAAUCUGUGUUUGAGCGUCAUGGCAAGCGAACGUAUGUUUGAUGACUCUAUUAUUAUUGAAGACUAUUUCGCUUCGCCUUUAAAAUCAGGGCAUGAAAACCCAACAACAACAACGGAGAAUAUUAACCUUGUUGGUCUAGGCAACGAAUUCUCUUGGGAGGGAACCUUAGACGGAUUGAAGGCAUUUAUACAAAAUGACUUGGAGCUUGAAGGAAAUUGGUCAUCGCCCGGCGGCGACGUGAAAGUUUAUACAGGUCCUAAAUACACCAUAAAGUGGCAUGGAAGAUCUAAAAAGAAGCUUAGGAUCGUUCGCGAUGAUAGUGACCAAAAUUUACGUAAGAAAUUAAAGGACCAAUCCGUUAAAACUUAUAAAGAGAAACCGUAUGACGAGCUACAAAGACAACCCGAAGGAAAUAUGGCGCCGACAAAAAGUAAAAAGCUAGAUGAUUCGUUAAGAGAUACCUGUCUUGAGCCGCUAUCUUCCCACACCACGAAACAGCGAGAGGGGGAAAAGAAUGUGAUUAAAGCGAGGCCAUCCGAUGAAAACGGACAUAAAACCUGUGAUUUUCAGUGUUGUUGUAGGGAGCUUGCAGAUCAAGUCAAGCGUAUCGAAGGAGACAUAAAAUUACUUAAGAAUGGAGUGAAAACUCACGAGGCGAACGAAACACUACAAUGUUGUAUGGGCGCUUGUAAGAACGAAGAGACUCGUCUGAGAGAUUACCUAGAGGCAGCAAAUGCCACCAUAAAAGACCUAACGGCAAAAGUCCAGAAUCUCGAAAGCGAAAAGUCCAGCUUAUUAACAACAAUUAAAAUAAUUCAGGAAGAUAAUUCCCAACGGACGAAUAAUAUGCAUACUGAGAAAGAUCUCCAUAAAAAUCCGUGGGUUGAAGUGGAAAAUAAUAAGAAAAAGAAACGUAAACAAAAUGCGAAGCAGAAAGAGCAACAAAAUAAACCACCAAUAAGAUCUGAUGCUGAGAAAUUAGUUGCUAAAAUAAACGUAGAUAUGCGGCAAGAAACCCGAAGCGCAUCACCAAAGACAGCUGGACCAAGCGAUCAGACCAAAAAUGAUGAGAACCUCGACCUUGAGGGAAGCCACCCAGGCACUAAGCCAACAAGAGUAAUAGUGGCGGGUGACUCCAUGGUUAAACAUGUCAACGGUUAUAAGAUGGCAACGAAAAGCACAAAAAUUCAA